AUGACAACGGCUGAACAUGGUCAACGCGUUAAACCCAAUCUUCAAAGAAAAACAGAAAACCCUACCGCCACGAACACGUCAGCCCCAGAGAUGUUUAACGUGCAAGCCUUCGAAACGGUGGAACAGUGGUGGACGAGUUCGCAAACGUCGGCCGCGCAUGAAAAUCCACACAUUUGGUACAACAUGAGCGGUACUUCCGUUGACGCUGACGGUCUUAUUGAGGGCAAUUAUGAGCAAGUCAUAUCUAGCUUCGAUGACAUGGAUCUGAAGCAAAAUCUGCUUAGAGGAAUCUAUGCGUUUGGUUUCGAAAAGCCGUCUGCGAUACAGCAGCGUGCGAUAGUUCCUUGCACCACAGGCCGUGACGUCAUCGCACAAGCUCAAUCCGGAACAGGGAAAACUGCCACUUUUUCGAUCUCAAUACUGCAACGUAUUGAUGAAAAUGAACCAAAUGUACAAGCACUUGUCAUGGCACCAACACGUGAAUUGGCACAACAGAUCCAAAAAGUUAUGUGCGCCCUUGGAGACUACAUGGAGAUCAAAGUUCACGCUUGUAUCGGUGGAACAAGCAUACGAGAUGACCAGCGCAAAUUAGAAAGUGGAGUGCAUGUUGUAGUAGGUACACCUGGGCGUGUCAAUGAUAUGAUCAAUCGCAACGUUCUCCAAACAAAUCGUAUAAAAAUGUUCGUAUUGGAUGAAGCUGACGAAAUGCUCUCUCGCGGUUUCAAAGAUCAAAUUUAUGAAGUAUUCAAGACUUUACCUCAGGAAGUGCAGGUUGUUCUGCUGUCCGCUACUAUGCCAACUGAUGUUCUCGAAGUUACAAACCGUUUCAUGAGGAAUCCAAUCCGCAUUCUCGUGAAGAAGGAGGAACUUACUCUUGAGGGUAUUCGACAGUUUUAUAUAAACGUACAAAAGGACGAAUACAAAUUCGAAACACUGUGCGAUCUUUAUGAUGCCGUUAACGUAACACAAGCUGUCAUCUUCUGCAACACCAGGAGAAAGGUGGAGCAACUCACAGAACAAAUGACGAAGAAACAGUUCACGGUAUCGAGUUUGCAUGGAGACAUGGAGCAACAUGACAGAGAUGUUAUUAUGCGCGAAUUCCGAUCUGGUUCAUCUCGUGUACUUAUUACUACGGAUCUUCUCGCUCGUGGUAUUGAUGUUCAACAGGUAUCGUUGGUCAUCAAUUAUGACUUACCAUCCAAUCGAGAAAAUUACAUUCACCGUAUUGGUCGUUCUGGUCGUUUUGGUCGAAAAGGAGUAGCCAUCAAUUUCAUCACUGACAACGAUGCCCGUCAGCUUAAAGAUAUUGAGGCGUUCUACAACACGAUCAUAGAAGAAAUGCCAGUUUCUAUAACCGAUCUUCUUUGA